CCACCUUUCCCCUCCUUCCUCCCUGUCCCUGCCUCCCCUACCCAACCCUAGUGUAGGUGGCGGCUGUUCUUGGACAUGAAAGAAGCAGAUGAUGAAGAUAAGAACAGGGAUAAGGGGAAGCAAACUCACCAGGCAAUCUUGGAGCAGUAUGGAAAUUUCCUGAUGGGCACGCAGGUGCCGGGUGAAACUAUGGCACAAGGAACUCCAAUCAGUCGUGGACCAGUCCCAGUUGAUCCAGUAACAUCGGUUCAUCAGCCAUACGUUGGUGCCCAAUAUGUGCAGCAGCAACAAGCUGGGACGCGACUGGCAUUUCAAACAUCUUCAAGUCCAUUUGCAACGCGUGUACGUGCUUUCAUGAAAAAAAAUGAUAGCUUGUGCCCUCUUCAAGUCAUGUGCUUUUCAUGAAAAAACUUGUUCUUCUGCUAUGUUGCAGACACUUAUAACUCUGAAGAACAUAAAAAGAGAAAAGAAAGUAACUUAUACUA